UCUUUCUCCCCCUCUCCUCUCUUGUUCUCCACCUCCUUCCUCCUUUUUUUUUCUUUUCUCUGCUAAAAGCAAAUCAUUUCUUUCUUUCUUUUUAAUUCUCUUUAUUUAUUUAUUUAUUUCUCAAAUGCCUAAAGACCCAUCUCUUCAUCUUCUCUAACGUACAGAGAGAAACUUAAUUUGGUGGAAUUGCAAUAUCGGUGGUAAAUACAUAGAGAGGAAUUAAUUAGGAGAUGGGUUCAGUUGCCGGAGAUGACGUGGCAAGCGUCGGGGGAGGUGGGAAUGAGGAGAGAAUAUUGGUAUCGGUGAGGCUCCGACCGCUGAACGAGAGGGAGGUCGAGAGAAACGAUGCGUCGGACUGGGAAUGCAUCAGUAACAACACCAUCAUCUUCAAGAAUACUAUUCCGGGAGCAAUGUCGCCUAGCGCCCACACGUUUGACAGAGUAUUCGGGUCUGAUAGCAGCACCAAACAAGUUUAUGAAGAGGGAGCCAAGGAAGUUGCUCUUUCAGUCGUCAGCGGCAUUAACUCUAGUAUAUUUGCCUACGGACAAACAAGCAGUGGAAAGACAUACACGAUGACUGGAAUAACAGAGUAUAGCGUGUCAGAAAUCUAUGACUAUAUUAACAAGCAUCCAGAAAGAGAAUUUGUUUUGAAAUUCUCAGCAAUCGAGAUCUACAAUGAAGCUGUCAAGGAUCUGCUCAACCCAGAUAGUGGACAACUUAGGCUUCUCGAUGAUCCUGAGAAAGGGACAGUUGUGGAGAAGCUUACAGAGGAAACACUAAGGGAUCAAGGACAUCUUAGGGAGCUUCUUUCUUUUUGUGAAGCUCAACGACAGAUAGGAGAGACCUCCUUAAAUGAGAUGAGCUCCAGAUCUCAUCAAAUACUCAGACUGAGUAUUGAAAGUUCAGCAAGAAAAAUCUCUAGUAGGGACAAUUUCAGCACACUUACAGCCACCGUCAACUUUGUUGAUCUGGCUGGCAGCGAGCGUGCAUCUCAGGCACACACUGCUGGUUCAAGGUUGAAAGAAGGUUGUCAUAUUAAUCGAAGUUUGCUUACUCUGGGAACGGUUAUCCGCAAGCUAAGCAAGGGAAGAAAUGGGCAUGUUCCAUAUAGAGAUUCGAAGCUGACACGCAUACUGCAAUCAUCAUUAGGAGGAAAUGCGAGAACUGCCAUAAUUUGCACAAUGAGCCCUGCCCGAAGCCACAUUGAGCAGUCAAGGAAUACCCUUCAAUUUGCAAGUUGUGCUAAAGAAGUGGUUACCAGUGCACGUGUUAAUGUGGUAAUGUCUGAUAAGGCGUUAGUGAGGCAUUUGCGCAAAGAACUUGCUCGACUGGAAAAUGAACUGAGAUACAUGGGGACAGCCUCUAUAACCAGUGACUCUGAUGUAUUAAAGGAGAAAGAGGCCCAGAUAAAAAAGAUGGAGAAAGAGAUGAAGGAGCUGAUGAAACAACGAGAUCUUGCUCAAUCUCGACUUGAAGAUUUGCUCAGAACCGUAGGGGAUGAUCAACCUUCAGAACAAUGGGAGGAACUCAGCCAAUCUUCAAUGCAUCACGUAUCAAACUCACAUAAACAUAAAUUAUCAAUAUCUAAUAUGUCAGGUGCUGUUUACCAAAUUCCAGAGUGUGCCAUUGAGAUGUGUGAUGAAUCUCCGGUGCUCGGUGAUUGUACCAAGUACAAUCUGCAGAAUUAUGGGAAACCAGAGGAGCAGCAUGCACACUCGCCUCUGUAUCACUCAACAAGUGCUCCUACUUUAUCAGAGCAGGAAGAGACUUCUUCAUUAACAUCUCUAGAUUAUGAGGACCACUUUAAGAAAGUCCGUGAUAUCGAGAUGAUUGAGCCAUGCUUGAAUAAAAUUGAAGAUUUCGAUCUCUUGCUGAAUGAGGAAAUUGACAGUCUGCUACCUUUGACUAUUACUACAAAAGGGCAUUUUGAUCGUGAACCAAGAACUAAAGGAGAGGAAGACCUGAAAAAUGAAUCAUCACAAUUGCUCACAGAAAAAUCGAAAGGACAGACAGGCUUGAGACAUGAACCCACACGAUUACCGCCUCCAGCAAGAGAUUCAAGUAUCUCUAGACGCCCAGUACUUAUUAGGAGUAGAAGCUGCAGGGGAACCUUGAUGGAGACUGCAUCUUCCCCUUGGUUUGAAGAUGUGGAAGAAGACAAAAUCACGCCACUUAAUUACAUCUUGAAAGGUAUCCCUGCAGGGCUUGGAGGGCUGAAUAAGAGAAUUUUUGCAAUCAACUAUGGUGCUGAAGAGGAGAAACAUUCUGAACUAAGUCCUUCCAGUUAUGUUCUUGAACAACAGAAUGCCAAGACUUCUCAUGAUGGAAGCAUUACCAGAAUCUCUAAUUCCGUUGGUCAGCUGGAGGAAAUGAUCCACAUUCAGAAUCAGAAAGAAUUUGCUGCUGACCAGUUUCAGGAAACGAAGUAUACUGCCAACGGAGACUCUGAAAUGAAGAUAACCAUAAAGGAUGUAUGUCUUAAACCAGCAUUGAGAUCCCCAGAAUCACCCUCCCGAUGGAAAAUGGAAUUCCUGAAGAAGCAACAAGAAAUUGUGGAGUUGUGGCAUGAAUGCAAUGUCUCCUUGGUCCACAGGAGUUACUUCUUCCUUCUUAUCAAAGGAGAUCCAACAGACUCUACUUACAUGGAAGUAGAACACAGGAGGCUAUCCUUUAUAAGAAGCUCUUCCUCUCAAGGAGAUCUUAAUAAAACCACAGCAGACGAUAAUGUCCAUGACUUGACUUUGAAGAAGCUUCGUCGGGAGAGAGAGAAGUUAUCGAGGUUAAUGAAUCGGUUGCCAGUGGCUGAAAGAGAGAGUCUCUAUAACAAGUGGGGUAUUGCAUUGGACUCCAAGCAAAGAAGGAUGAAACUGGCUCAUAGAGUAUGGACUGAAACUAAGAACAUGGAUCAUGUGAGAGAAAGUGCCAUGCUUGUGGCCAAACUCUUUGGAUUCUUAGAGCCAGGCCUAGUGCCCAAGGAGAUGUUUGCACUAAGUUUCACACCUCAGCUAUCUUCUCGGAAAUCUUUCAACUGGAAGUAUGGGACAUCUUCCCACCUAUGACCAAGAAGGUGGUGGUGUUCAAUAAUAUGAGAAGAGAACUCCAUCCAUCCAUGGCUUUGAGUUUUAACUAAUGACAUUUCUUGUAUUUAUUUGAUCAUUUGUUGUGAUUCAUUUGUUCUGAUGCAUCCUCAAUGUAGAUAUGGUAUGUAUUGUAACUUAACUGGUAUUAACGUGAUAUGGUAUAAAGUUGUUAUCA